AUGGACUUGAUUGAAUUAUGGGCAAUUUUCGGCCCUGGCGUCGCCGGCGCUGUUUUCGGUGCCGGCUGGUGGAUCUGGCUCGACGCCGUCGUAUGCAGCUCCACAACCGUUCCCUUUCUUCACUAUCUUCCUGGAAUUUUUGCAUCUCUAGCGGGUUUGAUGUUCAAUUGCGUUAGAAAAGAAGACAUUGAUUACUCUCCUUAUGACGAAGGAGAGUGGAGACUGAAGCUGUGGCUCUUCAUCGCAUAUGUUGUGUCCUUUGUUUCUUUAGCUGGAUCAGCGGGUUUACUGAUCCAAGAUUCACUCGACAAAUCUGCUCCAUCAGUGUGGGCUGGAGUUGCAGGCGUUUUGCAGUGUGUUUUUGUCUUGAUCAGUGGACUGAUUUAUUGGACUGCUCAUCCAGAAUAA